UUAUGUGUUUCGGCCCUAUAAGUGUGGUUUUACAGUGACGCUUCUGUCCGCGCGGGUGGUAAGCGCGCGGAUGACCCGCUCGAAACUAUAAAACUAGUUUUAAAGCUAGUCGCGCGGUUAGCCGCCUCGUACAGUCGUGAUCGGUUUGCCGGCUCAUACAGUCGUGAUGAGACUUCUCGUAUUUAUUAUACUAUAUUACUUAUGGAAAAAAAGGCAACGACGACGACGUAUACAAGUACAUCCUUACAAUGCCACUAGAUUGCUGAGAGGCGCGUUCUCUACAUCGUUUGCGGAUUUAAGAGAACAUAGUGACAAGUUCUUUAAACAUUUUCGUCUGUCUAUAACAACAUUUGAUGAAUUACUCUGCAAGAUAGAACAUAAUUUAAAAAGAUCAAGUUUACGUCGAGCACCUAUAGAACCAGUUGAAAAGUUGGCGAUUACCUUAAGAUUCUUAGCUACUGGGAACACUUACUCCGAUCUACAUGUCACAUACAGAAUGGGCGUUACUACUAUAAGCAAAAUCGUCAAGGAAGUUUGCUGUGAGAUAUGGGAAAAACUACGCGAAGAAUGCAUUCCUCAACCGACAACGCAAAUGUGGCAACGUAUUAGUGCAGAGUUUGAGAUGUAUGCAAACUUUCCUAACUGUUGUGGGGCAAUAGAUGGUAAACAUAUACGCAUAGUUAAUCCCGCAGGUGGAGGGUCAAUGUUUUACAAUUACAAACAUUUUUAUUCUAUUGUCCUUCUGGCAAUGUGCGAUGCCAACUAUUGCUUUACUUAUGUCAACAUUGGUUCUUGUGGGAAAAACUCUGAUUCCACCAUAUUCCAAAACAGUGUACUAUUUCAACAGUUAGAAAGAAAUAAUUUAAGGUUACCGGCUCCAAAGUACCUGCAAGGAUCUAAUAUUGUGGCACCUCAUAUAAUAAUUGGUGAUGGUGCAUUUGGCAUAUCGAACUAUGUGAUGAAACCUUAUCUUCGAAAUGAUAUGAGCCACAAACAGAAGAUAUUCAAUUACCGUCUAAGUCGUGCCAGAAGGUACAUAGAAUGUACAUUUGGAAUAUUAUCAAACAAGUUUAGAGUGUUUCACACUCCAAUGAACGUGAGCUUCUCCAACGCAAAAACUAUAGUUAAAGCUUGUUGCGUAUUACACAAUUUUAUCAGAGUGCGAGACGGCUACAAUGGAAAUGACUUAUUAAGCAUUAGUGGUUUGAUUGACAUGAAUCUUCAGCCAGUUUCUAGAACAGGAAACACACUACGCGAAGUGUUUGCCGAUUACUUUAUAUCGCCUGCUGGCAGUGUUUCGUGGCAAGACAGACAAAUAUUCUAGAGGUACCUACCUAGUACCUAUUUGAAAGAACUUAUUAGUGGAAUUGAAUUCAUUGUCGUCCUUUCAAGUAUAGACUAUAGUGAUGAUUCAUAGUCAUUUAUGACUAAUCUAAUGUGUUUUUUCUGCAAGUAAACCGUUGAAGAGUGUUCAAAUCAUCAAAAAUCCACAAUCUUAUUUUUAAAUCCAUAAAGAUAGUGCUCCAACAAGUAAAAUUGAUCAAUUUACCUUAUCUUACCCUACAUAUCGAUUGAAAUCUUACCCUACAUAUGUUUAACGACGACUUUUAUACCAACAUAAUAUAAAUUUUAUAUUAUAAAUGUAAUUGAUAAAAAUACAAAUUUUAUAAACAUA